GGGAGGAGUGGCAGAUGAGACGGGGUCGCGUUUCUCUUGAGUCGAAACUUCCUCCACGAUUUUUCUUUUUAGCUUUCCUUUCUUCUCGUUUCUUGUACGUGUUAUUCUGUUCCGGUUGGUGGGAUUCGUUCUGAAAGGAAAGACGAGAGAGAAAGACCUCUUGGGCCGGAACAGCUACAAUGCCGUCGAUAUCCCGCACAUACCGAAUAGCUUCACACUUCUCAAGAAGCACAACAAAGACCUACCUCAACCUCACCCGCACCUUCUCCACGACCAUCCACCGCCAUGCAAUCAACAAAGUCUACCCGUCCGCCUCGUCCGCCAUCGCCGACAUGCAACCCAACAGCACGCUCCUCUGCGGCGGCUUCGGCCUCUCGGGCGUCCCAGACACGCUCAUCAGCACCCUGCGCGGCAAACCCGAAAUCAACGGCCUCACAGCCGUAAGCAACAACGCGGGCGUCGUAGGCGGCGGCCUGGGCCUCCUGCUCGAAAGCAAGCAGAUACGCAAAAUGAUCGCGAGCUACGUCGGGGAGAACCGGUUGCUCGAGCAAAUGUACCUGUCGGGCGAGCUGGAGCUCGAACUCACGCCGCAGGGCACGCUGGCCGAGCGGUGUCGAGCGGGCGGCGCGGGGAUACCCGCUUUCUUCACGCCCGCGGCUCUGGGGACCGUCGUGCAGACGGGCGAGUUGGUGCUAAGGCAUAACCCCGAUGGCAGCGUGGCGCAGUACGGGAAGCCGCGCGACGUCAGGGUGUUUGAGGGCAAGAGCUAUGUCAUGGAGGAGGCCAUCAGGGGGGACUACGCCUUCGUCAAGGCGUACCGGGCCGACAAGCUGGGGAACUUGGAGUUCCGGCUCGCGGCGCAGAAUUUCAACGGCGCCAUGGCGAGGAAUGCGAAAGUGACGAUUGUCGAGGCCGAGCACAUUGUUGAGGUUGGCGAGAUUGCGCCUAAUGCGAUUCACGUCCCAGGUAUCUAUGUCGAUCGCGUGGUGCAGAGCACGGCGGAAAAAGGGAUCGAGAAGGUCGUCAAUGCGAAGACGCCCGAGGAGAUGAAACAGGCGGCGCUGGGGACCGGGGACGCGGGAAGCAAGCGCGAGCGCAUCGUGCGGCGCGCGGCGAAGGAGUUCAAGAACGGCAUGUAUGCGAACCUGGGCAUCGGGAUGCCCAUGCUGGCUCCCAGCUUCGUCGAUCCCGGCGUCGAGGUGCAGUUGCAGUCCGAGAACGGCAUCCUGGGCCUGGGACCCUAUCCGCAGAAGGGCAUGGAGGAUCCCGAUCUCAUCAAUGCGGGCAAGGAGACCGUCACGUUGCUCCCCGGAGCUUCGUGCUUCGGCUCCGAGGAAUCGUUCGGUAUGAUUCGCGCGGGCAAGAUCGACUUGACCAUCCUGGGAGCCAUGCAGGUUUCGGCUCGGGGGGAUUUGGCUAACUGGAUGCUGCCCGGUAAGGUCAAGGGGUUCGGCGGCGCCAUGGACCUGGUCAGCAAUCCGCAGGCGACAAAGGUGGUGGUGACCAUGGAGCAUACGGAUAAGAAGGGGCGGCCCAAGAUUCUGAAGCAGUGUGAGUUCCCAUUGACUGGGAAGGCGUGCGUGUCGAGGAUUAUUACGGAUUUGUGCGUCUUCGAUGUCGAUUUCACAGAGGGCUUGACGCUGAUUGAGCUCGCGGAUGGGGUGACAGUCGACGAGGUGAGGGCGAAGACAGAUGCGCCGUUCAAGGUAGCGGAUGACGUGAGACUGAUGCUGUGA